AUGUUGAACAGUCAGGCUCUCUAUCAAAAUGCAUCUAAACUCCUCUGCGUGGUAUCAUCAAAAAAGAUCGGACUCAAGAAUGCAUUUUACUCUCUCGAAGGACCCGUAAGAUUCAUUUUGUUGGUUGCAGUUCGCAGAAGUCGAAGGCGCUCUUUGCCUUUGUCUCCCGCUGCCUUUCGGCACAAAAGCAACUUCUAAAAGGUUUGCGCGACACAGGGACUGUCGACGAUAAAAGUUUACGGCACCAGAAGCACACAACAGACUUAGCUAGACCCGCAUGCAGCACAUGUAUGCUGACAGUUGUGGCCUUCGACUUGAGUUGCUGCCGAAAACCGUUUGGACAUCGACGGAUCGCCUUACAGAUCCUCCGGAAAAAUACAAAACUCCCGCACGCAGCCUCCUCCCUUCGAAAGUCGAUCAAACGCAUUCUUAAAGGAGGUAUCAAUGGUCGUUUUGUUAACGUAAUGUUUGGUUUUUCUCUACCAUUUUCUAUGAAUACUUUUCCGAAAUAAGCCUUUAUUUUAAAUCGUUGCAUUAAGGGGCGGACGAUCAUUCUUUUCUCCUGUCUGCAGUUGUUUGAAGGCUGCACUGUUUUGGGUCUUGACUUUCGUAACCAUCCCUACGUUGUUUAAGGCGAUUUCGGGUAGUCUUGCCGCAUAUAGAGCAAGGAGCGGACCGUGAUAAAAUUGCGAUGACUUGGCUCGGGUUAUACUUAAUUAUUACCUUUGCCGGACACCCAGCAUCUUGGUCUUUCAUUUUGAUAAAUGGCCGAUCGCUUCCUCGUUGUCAUUAAUGCUAAAUGACUUGUUUGUGUUGCCCCAAUGACAUCGCCACUCCUCAUGCUCGCAUAGUGUCGUCUUUAUCGUCGAAUGUACUGAGUAAAUUGACUUUUACGCUAUUUUUCUACAGCAUUACUUGACAUUGGCAUAUUAUCUUUGCAGAGUAUUUCCAAACUUAAUGGUAUCUGCCUUUCAGGACCGUCUACACCUCCUUACGGUUCUUUGCCUUGCCCCUUCUUUCUAUUUUGUCUAAUCCCGGUAAAACAUCUUCCUGACAGACACAACGGAAUCCUUUUACAAGAGGUGUUUGUAGAACUCAUGCUUUCUGACGAUUUUAAUCUCGGUGAUUCGGCCCCAGCUGCCUUUUCGUUACGCGACAAGCCCGUUUUUUAAACUAAUCCUCCUUUAGAAACUUCGGUGGAUGAGACAACCAUGCGCUUGCCUGUCUUCGUACGCAUUAACACGCUUUGUACUACAAUGCAAAAAAUCAUCAAACGUCUUGCAAAGUCUGGUGUAUAUACCCUCGUCGAGUACUCAACAGAAGGAACCUCUUAUCGGAAGUAACUUAUUUCACCCCUCUAUCCAGGCAAUAUAGGUUUCUGAAGACGGUGAGGCGCCUCAAGCCAAACGAAUUUGUUCGAGAUUUCCACUUCCCAGAUCUCUUGCUUGCUUUCGGUGCGGGUUCAGAUCUUCACGAUUGCUCCCUGCGGACUUCCAAUAAAGUAAUUAUUCAGGACAAGGUGGGUUUCCGUGUUUUUGCAUAAUUCUGAAAUUAUCGUUUAUUUUAAAUUAACAACCGUCUACUUCGCCUUCUCGUGUCGCCAAUUAAUUACAACCGUAAAUAGAUGUUGAUUUAGAAAAUAACAUCAGGGUUUCAAAGGCACUUGCGUAACCACUGUUCCCUAGAUUUCUUAGCUAACUAACCCACCGGGAAGUAAGAUAAAGGUCCAGUACUACAAUUUUUAGUAUUUUUUAACCGCCCUUUAUCGUCCUCUCUACCUGCAUCUAGUGUAGGAGGAUUCCACAGUCAUCAUGUGAGCGAUAAGUAUCACUGCCACAGGCUAGGAGUGCUGGAAUUCCCAUUUGUGGUUUGUUUGCCUGCAUGAGGAACUCGCGACCUAAGUCUGUCGUUUAACUAUUCGCUGUACUGUUUUAGGCACGAGCACAAGCCCUGUUGGCUACGAUCGAAAGCGUUCCAAAUCAUGUCGGGCCGGCCUGGGGGAGUUUUCUUUCUCGUUCUGGCCUUAAGGUCCACAGGAGGAGGGAGUUGCGGCCACACAGUUUGAAUUUACUCUUUAUGAUGGUUGUAUAGAAUAGGCGUGACCAGACGUAAUUUGACAGGAUUAUCGAGAAAAAAAUACGUUUUCAUGAGAACGAUAUGUUUUAUUAUUCGUUCAGAAACUGUUGGAGGAAAGCAUAUUAAAAUCGAGGGAGGGAUUUUCAGGUUCGUUCUCAAUGCGCAUGUUAGUAUGGGAGUUGAGUGCCUUUAACUUUGGCCGAAUAACAGCAUAAUUCUAUAGCUCAGAACCCCGUAGUAGCAUGUUUUGUGUGUUCACUUUCCCCUCAACAAAACUAAACAGGGUUUUGAUAAUUAUUGAUCGACUUGCAGAUGUUCGCAGUCCGCUGUCGUCGUCGUCUCUCCAGAAACCGUUUAGUCCAGGCAAUGCUUGGGCAGGCAUAUACUUUUUAAAUCGUUGUUUUUCAGAAGCUUAUGAAACAGGUCAUAAUGACGUUACCGACAAAUACAGGAAAGACUAAAAUGACCAUUUCUUGCUUGUUGGCCGUCGUCCACCAGUCAUAGGCAGUCUCAUCGCUAACAACCUCUCGGGUUUGAAGUCGCAUUCUGUAGGUUAGAAGUCCAGCGCCCUAAUUAUUGGGCCACGGCCUCCUUGUCCAGUCGGUUCUGAUCGGGUAUUUUAAAAAUGACAGAAGGCGCUUACCGAUCGCGAUCAUCCUGUACGACUUCCUGCGUAACUCUAGAUCGAACCCCAAAGCACAACGGCGCGAGUAGGUCCCGUAACGCAACCAGUGAUUGUCCUCUACGAUACAUGGAUACUGUGCCGAGCUUGUCUGUUCCAAGUAGUUAUCUUGUACCCUGUCCGGCGAUCCUAACAGAAAUGUCUAGUUUGAACAUCACAACUGACAGGCGGGUCCACCAUAGCUCAGGCGGUGGAGCGCCCGACACCAGAAUCUCCCAGGUGAAUCAGCGAUUUGACUUUGCUCUGGUGGCACACGUUUUCUGAAUGGACUAAGGCCUCCAUAUUUCCCAUAUUCCGCAGCUGAGCAUGCCCGAACUGUUUAAAUUAGCGGACUAUGCCAAGUGUUUCUGUUAAGAGUAUUUAACUCAAAUAAGCGUCGGAGUCGGAUCUGAAAGGCCAUGAAGAAGGGAAUGUGAACUGAUUUGCACUACCCUAGGGUCGGCGUUUUAACUCCUUGUGUUGUCUCAUUGAUUUAGUCUGCCCUAAAGGAUUUAAUUACUCUUAACCGGCUUCUGCCCUUAUAGGCCAGUUGCAUUCCGGCCAUGGUGCUCCUCUCCUCUCCGUGCCUUCGCAAGACACAUCGGGUUACAGUGUUGGACGCCUGUGCUGCACCCGGCAACAAGGCCACUCUGCUCAUCGCCGGUUUGUCCUCUGGGCAGUCCAGUAAAGUUAUUGCCCUCGACAGAGACCCAAAGCGGUAAGACUUUAUUUUUUAUUUGAAAAUAACUUCCAAUAAUCGGUCACCACAAGCGCUUUAUUUAAGCGGGGAUUUUUUCGUUUGUAAUGUGAAGUACUUGCCUCAUAACUUUCUCGAAGUCGUAGUUCUGCGCAGACCGCUAAAAAGUUCAGAGGUGCUUUCUAGUCAAGUGCACCCGUUGACGACACGAACCCUCGCUCCCAUUGGUUGUCUUGUGGCCAAUUACGCCUCGCCGAAGGUCUACACUUGGAAGAGCGAUAAUUUUAUGCAUAGGCAACGUUAUAUUCCCUUUUAACAGCAUAUCUCUGUUAAUGUCGCACAAGUACUGAAGAAGAUUGGUUCUGUAGGCAGAACCAAUAAGUUCCUGUAUGCUAGACUCCAGGGACACACACCCCUUUAAAGUUGACAUUAUUACGCACCUGAUUCGCUCGAUAUAUUCACAACUUCCCACCACUCAUUUUCAAGUGUUGUGAGUUUCAUUUAACCGACGCUGAACAUUUUUGCAAUCUACGGUCGAACUGAACUGUCAUGUAGAUUUCCGUCAAGGGCAGUAUAAAUUCCCAUCCGUUCUACACCAGUCCUGAGCAAUAUGAUCAAAUUUGUUCCAGCAUCACAAAUAAUUGAAAAGUGUGGGCUACUUAAGUAGUGUUUUGGUCUCUCAGAACGAUUCAUACAAGCGGCUUGCAAGACCGUCAACCAAAUGUCAGCAUGCCGCAGAUCACCUGCCAAAGAUCACCUGAGACUAUGCCUCCUGCUAACUAGCACUGCAACCCCAGUUAACUUGACGGUGUUCAGCAGUGUUUCGCGAAUUCCGACGCCUACUGUAGCUUUAUGAAGCUUUAAUAAGCCAAGGACUUCAGAUUUCUGAGGACUAUUGAAGAGGCCCUAAAUCUACCUCCGUCUUGACUUAGCCGUCUUAUUUUGGACGGGCUAUUUAUGAAUAAAGUUAGUACCUGAGCUUAUGAGCUCCUGCUCCUUUUCCCUCAACAAGGUUCCAACAACUCUGCAGCAAUCUUCGGUCCUGUGCCGAGCUAGGAGGUCACUCACUGUCUGUGAACGGAGCCAGUGUGUUGGAAGGCGUCACCUCCGAAAAAAACCAGCUCUGCGAGAUUGACGCCCGCUGUGUGGACUUCCUCAGUCUCGAUCCUCAGGACCCCGCUUUCGCGGACCUGACAGCCAUCCUUUUGGACCCCUCUUGCUCCAGUUCCGGUCUCCACUCGCGUCGCCCCGAACUGGCCCAAGAGGGCCCUCCACCAAAGGAGCGGAUAACUCGACUGUCCAAUCUGCAGUCUAAGCUCCUGCGGCACGCGCUCUCCUUUCCCUCCGUGCAGCUGGUUGUCUACUCAACCUGUUCAGUCUACGAAGAGGUAUAGUUCAACCUCUUCGACAGGCGGCUUUCCUUGUCGCGCAGCCAGUUAACCUUCCAGCGGUAACAGAGUACUGAAUUACCACUUUCAAGUUUUGGCGGACUGUAUCGAGUCAGGUUUUCGGUUGGCGUCCCCUUCGUCGCACUUAGUUAAACGAAGCAGCAUUAAACUCCUGGGCAAACCCGACCGAACAGGCCUUCUAUGAUGGAUUGGCGCAGAUGGCCCCUCGAUUUAUUUGCAGUCACUGCAGACAGUCUCAUUUGGACAGAGUUAUUUACACUUCACUCAAAACACAACAGGUACAAGCGCUUAGUUUUAUUCCUCUUCCUGGCAAGGAUUGAGAAAAUGGAGAAAAUGGAGCAAAAUUACUUUCGAUAAUACAGGAAGAAUGUUAUUGGGGGUUUUAUGACUGGGGUGGAUGGAGAAGGUGCUUGAGUCAGUCCGCGUAAGGCAUUGAAAAUACUCGUAUUUCUGUCAUAUGUUUGUUUUAUUGCCCUAACGAGGUGCCGGCGCAUACCACACAGCUUGAAUGAUACGUGUUAAAGGUGCGUAAACGGGUUGAAAGCAGGUAAUUUGUGGUGGUUGGUUAUUGGUAGCCGGAUUGGGUAAGGUGCAAUCCUAUUCGCAACCUUACCUGUAAUUAUGACCCUAACACAACAUGCCUGCUUAAGCAAAAUAAGUAGACGUGCUGCAGUAGUAAAACUACGGGUCACAUAUUCAAUCGUUGCCCUCUUUCCUUCAUUUUCCUUCAUUUCGAAUGCCCAUUGCGGACAGAUAUCUUUGUCAAUCGACAGAUACCUUCGAGGGCUUGCGAAAACCCUGCGAGCUGCACUGCUCUUGGGAAUAACUUUGCAUCUACAUAUUUCAACCUGUACACCUCCCGGAAGAGCCGAUAGUUACAAGGAGUGCCUUCCUCCAGUCAAAGAUGCAGCUCUAGGAUACUUUGGCUUUUGCAUAAUCGGCAGACAAGCUGACAGACUUAAUAACCCUAUUCAGCCGAGCUGCUGCAUUCUAUGGGUUAGUGUGGCCAUACGCUAGCGGCGCGAUAUUGUCAGCAUUGACCAACCGCGUCUUGGUGAAAAUUCGCUAUCUAAAACACGAUUGGCUUUCCCAAGAAUCCAGUUAGGAAUGUAGUUAAGUGAGAUGGACGACGGGAUUAAGUCUUUUCAAACGCCUGCAAAAGGCCAUUGUGUGCAAGCGCUCGUGCAUCGGUUAAGCGACAGUAACAUAGUUCGAUGCCAGGCGGUUUAUCUUAUGCCCUCUCAACUGUGUUAUUGUUUCCUGCCCCAGGAUGGUCCGUCAGGCUGCUUCCAGCAGUUGCUGUUGGAAGGCAGCUGUAAACUGCGCGUUAUUGGGGGUCCCCUUGACGGACACAGAUAACGUUUGAAUCUUCUCAUCCACACACGCACACAUCCUCUGCCAAUGGCGGGCAUAGGUUUCGACGACAGGACAUCUAGACAGUCAGGCUCGACGACAUCCACUGUGUGCCCCACGGGGCGGACACAGCAUUGGCAGCUUGCGCGUACGUUAGCUCAUGGUAGGACAGACUUGCGCAGAGUCUGCUGCGCGCUCUCCUCAGCCCGUUGCCCUGUCGAUUUUCGGUCGGAAUAUACAAUGGUAAGGGGCGCUCAGACAGGGCAACGGGCUCGUGGCACAAUGGUUAGAGGCGUGGACUUCUAAGUAAUUGGUCGCUAGUUCGUUCCCCGGGUGUGCCAGACUUCAGGAUUGGGUAUGACAGGCUGACGACGCUUAAUAAGCCGGAAAUGGCCAUUUCAGUCUCCCUUGUCUAUGUCGGUAAUGCCAUUCUGCCUAUAUCAUGCGCCGCUGUGCGGCUGCUAAUUGGGCCCAAGAAACAGCCCGAAAGGCACAACAGAACGGGUGAGUUCCGUGAGAACAAUCGGUGAGCGCUCCAUACCACCGUUGAUGGUGUCAAAUCGUCCGUCUACGCGCGCGCCAAACACGGCCUGGUUCCCAAUACGUGCACCAGGACACCGUAAGGACAGCGGGGAUCCCACAUGCGUGGUAAUUCGAAACCCAUCUUUACACUACUCCUCUGAGAGCUCGUUUGUCGAAUGUGACGAGGACUGCCACUGCGUUCUCUGGUGGAUGAAGUCUGUCUAGGAUAUCUGCAAACUCGCGUAUCAGGUAGGAGUCAUGUACUCUUCUCGCACCCACCAUGGUACGACAGACUCCAUACAGCUCAAGCUGGCGGUAGGCACAUUGGCUGAUCGGGCCGAAUCCACGUUUAUGCAUGCCGCAAACUUACUGAUCGCCAACUUUACACGAACCAGUCUUCAACAAGAAGAUGUCGGAUCCGACGCUGGUGAAGGUACCACGAAGGCCACACUAGGAAGAAGUCCAUGUAGGCUGGCCCUGAGUAGAGCGGAGUUAUGACGACAGUGGGCGACCUUCCAAGUCACGACGCGUCGUGGCCAGAAUGAGGUUACUCAGAUUUACUCUUGCGAGCAGAAGACACGCAGCGUUGGCCUUAUAUUGUGUCUUACUAGCAGGACCGAGUCAAGUCUGUGGGAUGUAAAAUCAUACUGUCUGGUUAGUAAUUCACAUCUGUUACUCGUAUACUGUCCCGCACCUCCUAUUCAACUGACAAACAGCACUCCGACAUCCCUCCAUUUCAAUUCUUUUCGAUGUGAUGUUCGGUCCUUCUCAUACCGACCCGGGAACCUGAUCUGCAUCUCUCUUGUUGCUGCCGCUAACAGCCGUGACUUGGGAAGCUGCCAAGUAGCGUAAAAACUUGGUCCUCUCGUGAGGACGGAGAGGCAGGCUCCUGAAUGCGGCCUCUAUGUCGCUUCCACUCGGUUCAGAUGCCAGGCGUUCACCUUUCUUGUCGUGUGAAAACCUAGUCUAAUGUGUGAGACGCGUAGACGAGUUGUUGAGAUCUGUCAGCCACUGUACGCGAGAUCCCGCCUCCGGUCUUCUUGACUCUACCUUGGCACCGGGUGCAUCAGAUUUGGGGUUGAGAGGAGAAAGUGCGGUAGAUGCAACGCAAGUCUGCCAUGGCUACACGCUUAUUCGAGCGCGAGUCACCGCUGCAGGCGAUGGACAUACAGUAGGUGGACUAACUCAUGAAAUGUCCGGCCGAAAUUUUGAAAUGCGUUUUCGUUUCGAAAAGAUAAGUUCCCUAGGGUUGUAAUUCUAUGAUGAUCCAGUUACCUCAGGGUGCCUUCUUUCGAAUGAACUGCAUGCAAGAAUUAUACUCUGCAGAGAAUGGCCACUUAAGUAGCAUGCAAUUUUUUCAUUGAUUUUCGAUGCCCUACAAAAUGCAAUUAUAUUUCAGGGAAAACAUGCAUAAAAGCAUUCAUUCUUUCACUUAUUCGGUAGAAAAUCCCGUCCUCUUUCAAUUUUAUACUCGAAGGAGGGACAUAAUUUCGUUUUAAAAAAGCUUUUCCAAUUCCCGAAUAAUUUUGUACCCGACCUGCUGUUAUACCUGCAUUCACGGUUUCAAAACUACCAGCCGUAUGUUUCCCGUGUAUGGAAAACCAUACACUUCUGUACGGUAUUAAGAGGAGACCAUAUGGGGUUCAUCAAAUUAAGCAGUGUAUUUGAGCAAUAUUGUUAGCUUUACAAGCCACAUUGGUAAAUUCAGAUACAUGACGUUCUAUGAACGGCCAUUUCACGGUAUUGAAAAUCCCACGAUUAGAAACUUUUUUGAAAUCGAAUUAUACUCUUCCUUCGAGUAUAAAAUUGAAAGAAGACGUGAUUUUCUACGGAACAAAUAAAAGAAUGAACAUCCAUGUGCAUUUUUUUUCAGCAAAUAUAAUUGAAUUUUCAAGGUCAUCGGAAGUCAGUGAGAAAAUUGAAUGCUACUUAAGUAGUCAUUUUUUACAGAGUAUAGUUCUUGCUUGCAGUCGGAAAUAAUUUCAUUCGAAGGAAGGUAUCUUGAGGUAACUGGAUCAUUAUAAAAUCGUGCUGGUCGUUGAUUAAUUUUACAGCUCUACUUAACUAAUCUUUUCGAAACGAGAACGCAUUUCGAAAUUUCGGCCGAAAUUUGAUGAGUUAGCCCACCUACUGUAGUUGGUAACGACGGUCGAACUGUCGUUGCACUGAGGGGGCAUCGAACUGGGCUGUAGGUAUUUUUUUAAUCCGACACGAACACUACGGAAUAUUUUUCCAAGUGACUUGUUUUGGCAGCACGUGGAGGCACUGGCCAGCCGGUCUGGAUGUACGAAGAUUAUGUCCCAUGCUUGUCAAUUGGCUUUGUACCCUUAAUUGAAAAUUUACAAAUAUCCAUCAACGCUUCGGGAGUUUCAGCGGAUCAUGCAUUUAACAACCGUCGUUUUAAACUAGCCUUUCCCUGUCACAACAUCAUUUCGCAGCACCGAGGUUCAUGCAAUUAGUUUGUUUUAAUGGAAAAUCUGGAAAUAGCCUCUUAGAGAGGCAUGCGUUUUACUCAUUAAUUCCCCAUAGACUGAUUCUUUUCAUUACGUCAAACAGGUCUACUACACUUUCAGACAAACAGCUGUAACUGGUCCGUUUGAAACCGCAUUUAUACACAUGGUCAACCACGGGGAGAUUGACGCAAAGUCGUUUCCUUGAAGUUUGACAUUUUUACCGGAAUUUCAUGGUCUGUUGUGAUGUCUACGACGAACUGGCGAGAGUUCAUCUGUUUCCUUGGCCUUUUUCUUAACUGACUUCUGUCUCACCCUCUCAGGAGAAUGAGACCGUUGUGCGUGAACAGGCUGCCAACUUUUCGGAGGAGUUUCUUCUCCUGAAGAUUUGGCAAGACCAACCGACCCCCGAGCUUACCUCCAACUCCGCACAAGCCCCUGUCAUACCGCGAGCACCCUGGAAGACCCGAGGCCUCGGCGACGAUAUGUCGUGCUGCGUUCGCGCUAACCCCGAAAAGGACUUGACUGUCGGUUUUUUCGUUGCCUGUUUCAAACGCAGAACUCACAAACCGAAUGCUCCCACUGCAUGA